CUUUCCCUUUUCCCUCUUCUUCUUCUUCUUUCUUAUUUGUAUAUUUAUUAUAUAUUAUAUUAUUUUCCUUAUUUAUCUUAUGCUGUAUACAUUUUGUAGUCAUGUCUCAAAAUUCAUAUGAAUCUUAUUCAAAUGUGUUCUUGACAGCUCACCCUAAAGAUGGUCUAUAUUUGGUUCAAGAAAAGCAACGACAAGGAAACAUACUUGACGAUGAAUUAGCUCAAUACUUCAAAGAAAGAGCUUUGAUAGAAGAUCAGUAUGCUAAAAGUUUGGUCAAAGCUUCCAAAAGAAUAUAUGUCAUGGAUAACAGUGCAUUAGGUGGAUUGGCUCCUAUAUGGGAACUACUCUUGGAUGAAUUGACCGAAAUAUCUACUGCUCAUGGAAUACUUUCCUACAAGAUCAUGGAAGAAAUAGAGAAACCAUUAAAAAUACCUGCUGCUACUAAUGAUAUUGACAAGAUCAAAUCGUUAGAACCUACUUUUCAACAAUUAGCCAAGGAUUAUGAAGCAGGAAUCAAGCAAAAGAAGUCUGGGAAAUCAUCUUUAUUCAAAUCAGGGCCAAAACUACAAUCUGAAAAUAUUUUAUCUAAAUGGAAAACAGAAGGUUCUUCUUUUCUUCAGCUUUAUGAAAAUGUAGAACGUGCAAGAUUACAACGGUUAAAAUCUAUGUUGGAAAAUUUUGAACAAUUUCGUAAAGAUCAGUUACUAAAGUCCAAAGAGAUUGCCGAUAGAACUUUGACUGCCGCCUCUUUAUUCGAUGUGGAAAAUGAUAUUCGACUCUUUUGCAAAUCUAAAAGCUCUCAUUUGACAUCUUUACCACCUACCGCUACUGUAUACAAGAACAACUCUGGUAAUGAAUCAGCCAUUAAUCCUUCUCCGCCAUCUAUGCCAACCUCAAAUGAUCUUCCUAGAAAAACUACAGAGAAGAAACAACGCUCAAGAUUCUCCCUGCUAAGGAAAUCAAGGAAACCAUCUUCAUCUCCAAAAAAGGACGAUCAACGUAUAUCAGCCAUCUCGGAAACUGCUGAACAAGAGGAUCGAUCACACGAAAAUGAACAUAAUAUUGUAUCAGAUUCAUUAUCGACGUCUCCAGCUGACCUAUCGACUGAACAACAAGACAAAUUUAUCCAUACAACUCCGGCUCCACCAUCUGCAUCUGAUAGUAUGACGCAUAUGAAAAACACAACAAAUCAGAUAAUUGACAAAGCAAAGAUACCACCUGUAGAUUCUGAAGGUUACUCCAUACCUUUUCCCGAUAGCUUUGGGCAUACAAUCACGAAUACCGGUGUCAUACCAUUAGAAGAACAGUCCAAUCCUGGUUCUCUUGCAAUAUCUGGGUCUCAAAAACUCAAGUUUGAUAUCAAGGACAAAUCAGUUCUCAGUCAUGGCACCAAGACAGAACAAGAAAAUGCGACAUUAUCAAGGGUUUCUUCUUUGCUUCGAGAGUCAACACCCACUAUCUCUCAAAAACGACGUGGUCGUAGACAAAAUAUGCGAAUUCAGUCUAGUUAUAUGGAAAGUGGACCACCAUCACCUUUAUCAUCUAUCAAUGAAAAUACUGCCAUUCGUGGAGGUGUCAACGUAGGAUCCACCAUAUCAAACACAAGUGAUUCAACAAACAACCCAUUCCGACAAUUAACGCCCACAAGCGAACAUACGAACAUGUCAUCUAUCUCUCCAAGUCCUUCAUCUUCUCAUGAUAUGAUACCUUUGCCACUCUCGACAAAAAUAUCAGCAUCUCAAAGUCAUCAACCUACUUUUCAUGUAUCGAUAGUGGAAACUGUGAAUAUGUUACCUGGACAGACAAAAGCAAAUAUCAUGGGACAAAUCAAAAUGGUAUAUGAAGGACCUUCUUUAUCUCACGACCAACCGUUUAUAAUACGUAUCAACAAUAUACAGGACGUCCAACCUGCAAACGAGUCUAUUCAACCUGUUAUCAACACUCACGACACAUUUAUACUUCCCAUAUCUAUAUUUGAAGAUGUUCCUUACGGUAUUUUUAUUCCACUAUUCAACUAUCAGCAAGAGCGUAGUGCGGAAGAAGUGUUACCAAUGAUAUUGGAGCCAGCAUGGAGGAUAUCGAACGACAGCGUCAUGUUGAUGGUCAAGUACAAGGUAACGGAUCAAAUGGCCAUCAUAGCUCAACAAGGAGGGAGAGUGAUGGUGUUAGUUAAUCUGUCCCAAUCGAAUAUCAUGAAAGCACAAAGCACACCCGAAGGCAUAUGGAAUCAACAACAGCAAUCUUUUACUUGGAAGCAUUCGGAAAUCAUGCAACACGAUCUGAUCGCUAGUGGAAAUCAACAACCUCGUCGAUUACUUGCCAAAUUUACAACAAGCAAUGACAACGCUCGCAUGGAAACACCCACGAUCUCUUUGAAAUAUUAUUGUCAUGAUCUCCUUGUCAGUGACAUUGAAUUGGCUUCUUGGAUUCAGCAGGAUGGAAAUGAUAAUAACAAGAUCGAUAUACUGAUGGAGCAACGGAUGGUCAAAUCAGGAAGUAUUUUAUUGGCAUGAUCCUUUUUUAUUAUUAUUAUUAUUAUUAUUAUUAUUAUUAUUAUUAUUAUUAUUAUUAUUAUUAU